UUGACCCUGCCCUGUGUCUCGCGUACUCGCAGCUUCAUCGCUCAGUAUAUAAAGGAGGGAGCGACGGAGAGAGGACGGCUGGACAGCGCAGCCCUUCGGAUUAGAAAUAAGCGGCUAGUAUAGUGUUUUAUUUUAUAUUAUACCCUUUUAAAUGAGUUUAUUUGAAUCCUUAGAAUUCUAGAUCUUAAUAGGCUGCGUUUUUAUUUGUUUUUUACUGUUCGUUUUCUAGUGUUUUUUUUUUUUCUUUUUUUUCUCUGCAUUAAUAAUGGCGAGCUCGGCUAACUCAAACCCAGUGCCUAAAUUAUACAGAUCUGUGAUUGAAGAUGUAAUAAAUGAUGUCCGAGAACUGUUCCUUGAUGAAGGAGUGGAUGAGCAAGUGCUUUUGGAACUUAAGACGUUAUGGGAGAACAAAUUAAUGCAGUCCAAAGCUGUUGAUGGCUUUCACACUGAAGAGCAGCAGCUGUUACUGCAGGCACAGGCACAACAACAGCAGCAGGUGAAGCAAGCCCAACAACAGUCCCAGCAGCAGCAGGUCAUUAUUCCACCAAGCCAAGCAACACAGCAACAGGUUAUUGUGCAAGAUCCCAAAAUAUUACAACACAUGAAUGCCACAGGAAUGAAUAGCUGUGUGAUUCAGAAUGGGAGAAGGAAUCUGACCAGGCACAUCACAAGCCAGCCUGAUGGCCUUGUAGGAUAUAUGAGUGCAGCAGCCACUGCAGCAACACUGGCAUUGCCAUCAGGUGUCACUCCCUAUCAACAACUGAUUACAAAUCAAGGCCAGAUCUUGCAGGUGGUUAGAGCCCCAAAUGGUACCCAGUAUAUUAUCCAGCCACAGCAACAGGUUCUCUUGCAACAGCAGGUUAUACCACAAAUGCAGCCUGGUGGUGUGCAAGCACCUGUUAUACAACAGGUACUGGCUCCAAUCCAAGGAGGCAUCCCACAGCAAACAGGCGUAAUCAUCCAGCCUCAGCAGAUUGUCAUUGCAGGAAACAAGGUUCCUCAAAAUGCACAGGUUAUGCAGGCAGCUACCAUGGUAGCUGCUGCAGCACAGGCUGGACAGAAUGUUGCACAGGUCCAGCAGCAGCAGCAGCAGCAGCAGCAGCAGCAGCCGCAACAGCAGCAGCCACAGCCACAAAUGAUGCUACAAGUUGAUGGGGCUGGAGACACAUCCUCGGAAGAGGAAGAGGAAGAAGAUGAAUAUGAUGAAGAUGAGGAAGAUGACAAGGACAAAGAUGUGGGGGAGGAUGGACAAGUAGAAGAGGAGCCGUUAAACAGCGAGGAUGAUGUUAGUGAUGAAGAAGGACAAGAGCUGUUUGAUACAGAAAAUGUGGUUGUUUGUCAAUAUGAUAAAAUUCACAGAAGUAAGAACAAAUGGAAAUUCCACCUCAAAGAUGGGAUCAUGAAUCUAAAUGGAAGAGAUUAUGUAUUUUCAAAAGCCAUUGGGGAUGCAGAAUGGUAACUGUUUCUGGUAUUUUGUUGUAAACUAAUGCAAGACACAUCAAGACUGGACUAAAUGCACUUCAGCUGAGUUACUGGAAAAACCCAGAGCUACUGGAAGUGGAAUAACUUAGUGUUAAUACAAACACUAGGGUAAAUGAACAAGACUCCCUCUUUCUACAGCUUAUGUGGACGUCGAUUUGUAUGUUUAUAAAGUAAUAGUGCUGUUGACUGGUAAAGACAACUGGGAAUUGUAGUUUUCCUUCAAAGGAAAUGUAGUUCUCUUUCGGAGGAAUUUGACGUUUAUUUUUGCAAAGUAUGUGCAUCCAAUUUGGAUUUUCUUUUAAAAGUUUCUAAAUGUGGAAUCUUUAGUCCCCUGCUUCAUGAUAAAACAAGAAAUUGCAUUGGAGGGUCAUGGUUGAAACAAAAAAUAAGUAACACUUUUAAAGUCUUCUGUUUUAGGCAAUAAUGCUGUGCUUAUCUGACUUUAUUUAUUUUAAUCCUGGCUUCCACUGUAGAUAACUUUUGAUUAGCAAGUAGAAACAAAUGGUUGGUUUCACAGAUCCUGAUUAGCCAUAAAUGUUCUACCUAAUGCUGCCUUAGUUAAGGUUGUCUAACAUUAGUAUUAAUCAGUGUCUGUAAAACCAGCCAAAUGUUUCUAUAGGUAAACAUUUGGCAUUGGUGAUCUCUUUCCAAAAUAUAACAUGCUGAAGAAAAAAUAUAUUGCAUGGAAAUGUUUAGUUUUAGACCCCAGGCUUUAAUAUUUGUCACCAUUUUUUUAAUUUCUUUUUUUUUUUAAUAAACAAAUUGUGAUAUCUUGGUAGACUUUUUUUUUUUUUUUUUUUUUAAAUGACAUGCAGGUUUCCAAAAACCUUACUUGCCUGCUUUCAUCUUUUUUUUUCCCCCAUGAAUUUUCAACUUUAGAAGAACAAAUAUGUAAUACAUUUAGAUUAUUCUUUAAGCAAGCCAAGUUAUCUGCACUGUUUUGUAUUGAAAUGUCAAGCUUUUAUGUUUGCUACAGUAUGUCGGUCAACAGCAGCAUGGUAAAUCCUGAAGGAUUGUCUUUUAAUUGUUGUGUCUGUCUGUCUGUGGACAUUGUUACUAAUGAGCCAAAGCAGCCUGUUUAGCUGUAUUAUCAACUGCACUUCUGUAGGGUGCAUUUGUUAUAAUCUGUAGUUUUUAUUUUGUAUUUAUUCCUGUGAUUUAUUUCUUGGCAAUGGGGGUUUGGACUGGUCAGUCUGUAAAUGAAACACACCAAACUGUGCUCUUAUGAUACAAGUGUUCCUUUUACUCUGAUGCAGUGAUGCUCGUCACAGGUUGGUAAAUCGUCCUUUUUUCUUUUUAUUGUUCUUGCAUUUUAAUCAUGAUUUUACAUUAACUUUUUAAUUGAUUUGGAAUUUUUAAAUUUAAAUAUUGCUUUUAUAAAAGGAAAUGGUAUUUGUUUGCUGGCUUAUUUGCUCAAGCAGUACAGUGUUGCAAAAUGUGUUACAAUUAAGGGGUAGGUGAUGGAGUUGUUUCAUUUUGCACAUGUUGGUGUUCAAGUGAGCCUUUUAAAAUGCAGCUUGUCCUUAACCGUUUUAUUUUCUUAUCCAUAGCUGAUGUACACAAUUUCAAUAUAAUAAAGGCACAUGUAGAUCAGGUGACUGCAGAUUGAAACUUUGAGAGCCCAGGACAACUGUCCCUUGUGAAACAACUUGAGAGAACUUUAUUCCUUGCAGCACAGUGUAUCAGUGGGAAUCAUUCUGUUUAGAUAAUUUUUUACUUGAACCUUACAUGUACCUUUUUGGUUAUUGUGCCUUUCUGUUUAAGUUGAUCAGGAAUUAUAGAUCCUUAAUUCAGAAGAACUAGAAGAAAAAAAAACAUACAUCUACAGUCUGCUUCAUUUGUUGUGUGUCAGCUGAUUUCCUUUUUAAUAAAAGCAGUUUACCACUGUUUAGCUACUAUUAAUGUUGACUGCUGUUGUACAUACUGUAUGUGUAAGAGGGAAAUCUAUUUAUUAUGUUUGUAUAAUUCAUUCUGUACUGUUUUCAAAUCAAGGUUGCUCUUUGUAAUUUACACUUACAUGUUUAAAGGCCACGCUUUGAAUACAAUUAUAGAACUUAGUAUUUUAUUGUACUAAGACCUAUUUUGAGUUACCUAAAUAUUUUUGCCUUUGCUAAAAUUAAAGUAUUAAGAAAAUG